AUGCCGACGCCGGCCGAGAGCAAAGUUAGCGACCGACGCUUUACCCCCGAGCCCGACUCGAUCUCGGCCGAAGACGUCCAGCAGGAAUUUGCCGACAUCUUCGCAGAAUUGCGCGAAGCCGACGAAACGCACAGCACCAUCUCGCAUCUAUCUUCCCGCUUCGUCACCGAGCCCAACGUCGACUUCAGCGGCGGGUGGCAAUUGCAACUACGGAACCUGUGGCACCUCUAUUACGUCGCCGGCAAGCACUGCAACGAAGCUGCCGUGUCGCCGCUCAUACUGCAGAUCGUUGAGAUCUCGCAGCGCGGAGUGCUGCCACGAAACCGCUUGAAUAGUGACGGCACUGCCGAGUUGGAAUGCGCGCCCAUCAUGGUCAUGGCUGGCACCCGACAGGUUCGACAGUUUCUCUGGGUGGACCUUCCCCUCCUCGUCCCAGCCAUGAGGGAGUACUGGAGUCACGACUGUGCUCGGAUGAGUCGCAGCCAGCGAGUGAGAAUCAGCUUCUUCCUCGGUUCGUUGGCGGCGACAAGCACAGGUCAAUGGGCAUAUGGCCUGUGUAGCAUCGCCCUUGUGUUGCUUCGCGAUACGCUGGAAAAGGACCGACGGUUGGUCAGGGUGGGUGUCGAGCCAGGAGGCGAGGACAGUGAGAACACGGGGCAGUCGACAGAUAUGCUGACCAUCGCUGACCUGCUUCCUGCCGUCAGUACCUGGCUGGUACAAGCAGGCAGCAGGAUAGUACAGCUCUGCGAGGCUGGCGAUGGAACCACGCAGGGCUGGCUGACCACGGCUCCCCCUGACGAUGUGUACAGUCUAGGCCCUCUGGCAGUAGAAGCCGGCGUACAGCCUGUUUUCGGUGGCUUCAACAGGCUAAGAUGGUUCUUCUGGCCGCACAGGCUUGACGCCAUUGGCGCCGAAGCACCUGGACAGGAGACUGGAGGCAACUCAACGCCGUUCGUGCAGAGGGUCAAGGCUGAGAAGCAGAUGGUGAGGCGCGUGGCGCACAAUAUGGUAUAUGCUGCGAGUCAGUCCAACUCGAGUAUUGUCCAAGAGUUGCUGCGAAUGGGAAGGCUGCCAUUGUAA